AUGCGUUUGUUUAAAUUAACACGUCAUAUUGCUGGAUUGAAAAUUUUAAUUCACACAUUUCGUGCAAGCCUUAAAGAAUUAGUAUUGUUAGUAUUUUUUCUCAUGGUAUUUAUUGUAAUAUUUGCGGCAUUAAUGUACUAUGCUGAACGAUUUCAAUACAAUCCACAAAAUGAUUUCGCUUCCAUACCAGUUGGUUUAUGGUGGGCUAUUGUAACCAUGACAACUGUUGGCUAUGGCGAUCAAGUUCCAAAAACGUAUUUAGGUAUGAUAGUUGGUGCAAUGUGCGCUAUUACGGGAGUCAUGACAAUCUCUCUACCUGUCCCUGUUAUCGUAUCCAACUUUUCACGUUUCUACACUCAUACGCAAGCUCAGUCAAAACUUCCAAAGAGAAGAAGACGUAUUUUACCUGUUGAAUCAGUGCGCCCAAAACCUUAUGGUCAAAGUGUACAACUGAAUUCUUCUUCCUUGAAGUUGAAAAACAGCUAUGGUGUAGUUCCGCCGGUAUCAGCACGUGCUUUUACUUCUAUAAUUGAUUCACCCAUGCGACUGACUGCUAAUAGUGAGCGGAAAACCUUCUUUCCAGAUGCAAAUUCCAGUGUAACAGAAAAUCCGACUAAUGAUCAAACAGUUGUCAGACCGCUAAUACCUAGGCGAGAAGAAAUCACUUUGCUACCAGGAGAAAGUUUACUUCAGUGUACACCAGCAGCAGGACGACUUAAACCAACAACAGUAAAAGAAAAGACGAACACAUCCGAGUCACAGACAACAUCAGAAACAAACCCACUUCUUUCAAGUCAUGAUACAAAACCUGAUCAUAAGAAUCAAUCUUGUCAUCAAUUUUGUAAUAACAUAAUCGGCAACAAGGAUACUUAUAACUGCAUCAGCAAUAAUACUAGCAUGAACCACAAAGGAAUAAGUUCGUUGACUUCCGUCAACUGUUCAAACAACGAUAGUGAUCAUUAUCAUGGAGAUGGAGAUGAAAAGUGCAGUUUCCCUAAUACUACAAAUAAGAACAUUAAUAACGUCUCGAAACUGAACACCUCCUAUCCUACAUGUUAUACAACAACAGCAACUACUACUAGUACCACUAUUAAUAGUGAGGGCUGCAAUGACGAAUUUUCAGUUUUAAUCAAUACAAAAACUUCACACCAUCUUCCAAAUUACCUACAACAAACAGAUUUCAAAAAGUUGUGCUCUCCGUUUGACGAACGCAAUGCUGAUGAGAAUUUUUUGCCAUCAGACAAUAGUUUAACUCAUCUAGAAGAACUAUUAACCUUACGUAAUAAUUAUGAAAUAACCCCCCCUCGUCUAUCCUCAAUAUCUGGGGACAAAUAUGAAGUGAAAUUUUCGAGUCGAUCACAUUCACCAACAUAA